ACCAAUGGUCUAGGAACCUAGACUAAUUUAUUAACUGCACUGGCAUCCAAGUAUCCAAACAUCAUUUGGCACGGGUGUGCGAAAGCAGAUACUAUGAUCUUUCUUAAUCUCUUGCUAGCUUCGCUUGUGGGAUUUCCCGUGGUAGUAUUUGGUAGUCUUUUUGUUGCAUAUGUUUUAUAUCUCCAUUACGUGCAUAUGAAGUACAGCCAUGUUCCUGGACCAAAGCGGAAAGGUUUUUUCCUUGGGAAUGUUGCCGAUUUGAGGCAGGCUGCCAAAGAUGGCAGAGUGAAUGCAGAUGUAAUGCUUGUUUGGAAUAAGGAAUUCGGCCCGGUUUUUGUAUUCUUUGCCUUCCACCUGGCUAUAGUUCAUGUCUAUAUUCCUGAAGUUGUAAGGGAAAUCUUAGUGUCUGAAAACUAUCCGAAGUACGAUCCCGCCUACAAGAGCCUGGGAUGUCAGUUUGGCCAGCGUUUCAUGGGCCGAGGUCUCGUGACUGAGACUGAUAAUGAAGUUUGGAAACCACAGGCUGCCAUGUUCAGACCAACCUUCCAUCGAAACUACCUGAAGACCUGUAUUGUCCAGUUCAAUGACAGCAGUGACGCUCUAAUUGAGUUUUUGUGCAAGAAAGCUGAUGGGAAAACAGAAGUGAACAUGAUGGAUGUGUUUAACAAGCUUUCACUGGACAGCAUCAGUAAGGUUGCUUUCGGUAUGGAUAUGAAUGUAUUUUCCAAGGAAAAAUCUACAUUCUGCUCAGAUAUUCAAUUAAUUCUAGACAACGCUUACCUAAACGUCUUGAGUCCACUAAUGUGGCUCAGUCCUUUUAAAGACCAUAUUAAAUUACGACGGGAGGGAAGAGCUGCUUCCAAGAGAAUGCGGGAGGUGGGACGACAGCGCAUUAUGGGCCAGAUGGAAGCGCUUAAACGAGGCGAGAAACUGGACAACAACAUCCUCAGUCACAUUCUGCAGUCUGCAGCGCCAGCUGGUGACAGCAACGUCAUAGACCUGGAGUUGAUGAUCGAUCAAUUUAUGACAUUUUUUGUGGCAGGUCAAGAGACGACAGCGUGUCUUAUGGCCUCUGCAUUGCUGGAGCUUGGGAGACAUCCAGAAAUAGUGUACAAGAUGAAGACUGAAGUUGAUGCAGUGCUUGGCGAUGAUGGAUAUGUCAGCUUUGAAGACCUAUCCAAACUGAAAUACACAACCGCUGUGUUGAAGGAAACUUUACGUUUUCAUUGCCCUGUGCCAUGUGUGAUAAGGAAGACGCCGAAAGAAGUGGUUUGGAACGGCAUUAAACUCCCUGCUGAUACACUUAUUAAUGUUUGCAUUAUGAACCUGGCGAGACAGAAGGAGUAUUUCGAAAGCCCAGAAGAAUUUAUGCCGAGCCGAUUCUUAGGUGGAGACAACAACAAUAACAUGUACAUCCCAUUCUCCCUGGGUCCAAGGAAGUGUAUCGGGAAGCAGUUUGCUAUGAUUGAGGCUCAGGUUGCCAUGGCUAAGUUGAUAAAGAAUUUCACCUUUGACCUCGUGCCAGGUCUGAGUUUCGACUAUGUAGCUAGCGUGACCAACAAGCCAAAGGAUUCGUGUCGAGUAUACGUCAAACCGGCCGCACCUAGGUCUGACAUAAUAUCCAAUGUCUGACAUAAUAAAAGAAGUUGAGUAAAAUAUGAAACAAAAAAUCUAGAGAACAGAUGUUUGUUUCUUUUCUUGACGUACAAUCGAAAUGUUAUCACAACAAAUGCUUUUUUUCUGUUUUUAUUUCGUUCCUUUUCUGGUGUUAUAACUCUGAGUAAGCUUCCCAAAAAGUGUAGGAAGUAUUUUCAUUUUAGAAAAGAGUUUGUUGAAGUGUUUAACUUUUUUUAAAUAGAUAUCCACCUGAAAUGUAGUUAGUGUUAAAACUGUAAUACUGUAAUGUGGUCGUGACCACAGCAGGCGUGUAUUAAGGGGUGUGGAUUUAAAGGCACUAGACAAUAUUGAUAAGUACCUUUAAUUAAGGGUUCGCAUGCCGGGAAGUGUGACACCAGAUGUUCAGGCUAGCCCUAGCCUAGACUGGUCCUCUUUCGUUAUCCAUAAGGGUUCGCAUGCCGGGAAGUGUGACACCAGAUGUUCAGGCUAGUUUUUGCCUAGACUGGUCCUAUUUCGUUAUCCAUAAGGGUUCGCAUGCCGGGAAGUGUGACACCAGAUGUUCAGGCUAGCCCUAGCCUAGACUGGUCCUCUUUCGUUAUCCAUAAGGAUUCACAUGCUGGGAAGUGUGACACCAGAUGUUCACGCUAGCCCUAGCCUAGACUUGUCCUCUUUCGUUAUCCAUAAGGAUUCACAUGGUGUGACACCAGAUGUUCAGGCUAACCCUAGCCUAGACUGGUCCUCUUUCGUUAUCCAUAAGGGUUCGCAUGCCAGGAAGUGUGACACCAGAUGUUCAGGCUAGCCCUAGCUUAGGCUGGUCCUCUUUCGUUAUCCAUAAGGGGUUCGCAUAACAGGAAGUGUGACACCAGAUGUUCAGGCUAGCCCUAGCCUAGACUGGUCCCCUGAUGUCAGAUGUUUAAAACAUGGUCUCGCUGCAUGACUGUAUCAUCAGAAGGCUUACCGAAAUGUGUAUUGUACUUUUAGAUAAUGAUGACAGUGUUGUGUUUGGGUACAAUUCAGUCGAGUGUAAUACUACUCGAUUACGAGUACUUGGGCCAUCGGUUCAAGUGUCCAGGUAUAUACAAAGUAGUAAUCCGAGUACAGAGUUCAACAGCCGAGUACCAGGCACUUGGAUCUGAAGAGUACGAGUCUGAGUACUUUAAAAAUAAAUUUCUGCGAAAUCAGAUACCAGAAUUACUUUUUCUAAUUUCUAGGUGACAGUAUGUAAAUUUUUAUUGUAAUCCUGAAUACAUAGACAACUUUAUUUCUCUAUUUUUUUAAACUUGAUAAUUUUGUUAAGUAUUGUGAUGUGGUUGUUGUGGCACAAUGGUCUUUAAGUAGAUAGUGAAUACUGUGUGCAAAGUUUCAAAAUAUUAUUUUUUUGUAAUUUUGUAAACCACAUUGGUCUUAAUGGGUAAGUUAUUAUCAUUCAACAUCUUACAAAAGUAUUGGGGAUAACAUUUGACUAAAAUUGAAACACCGUGUUAAAAUAAAUGUUGAGUUUCGAUUGAA